AUGACGACCAUAUUAGCACUAGCAUAUAAACUAGAAAUACACAACCCAGAUAUGUCGUUAAGGUCAAUACAUACAUUAGGCCGAUGUUCUAGGCCAUUAACCACAGCUGCUGGAAGUUCAAGCACAGUUCAGGAGGUUAGUCAAAAUAAGCCAGUGAUUCCUUCCAACUCAACAGUUUUCUCGAUGAUUCAACCAACUGGUCGAAUUCAUUUAGGUAAUUAUUUGGGAGCAGUUAAAAGUUGGAGAACAUUAUCGGAAUCAAAUACUGAUCCUAGUAAUAGAUUCAUAUAUGGUAUAGCUGAUUUACAUGCCAUUACUAUUCCUAAAGAUCCCAUAGAAUUUAAAGAGUAUCGAUAUGCAGCCAUUGCCAGUUUAAUAGCCAGUGGAUUAGACACAUCCAAAUGUAUACUAUUUUUCCAAAGCAGUGUACCCGAACAUUCUGAAUUGAAUUGGUAUCUCACGUGCAUGACAAGUAUGGGGGCAUUGAAUAGAAUGACACAAUGGAAACUGAAGGCACAACAACUGGAUAAUAGUUCCAUAUUGGAGGAUAAUGUAUUGGAAAAGACCAAAGCAGGAUUAUUUUGUUAUCCGGCAUUACAAGCAGCAGAUAUCUUGUUAUAUAAAUCAACUCAUGUUCCAGUAGGGGAUGAUCAGUCACAACAUUUAGAGUUGUGUCGAAGUAUUGCUAAAACAUUUAAUAGUACUUAUAAAACCAAUGUUUUCCCACUUCCGAAAACACUCUUGACUCCAGCGAAAAAGAUCUUGUCACUUAAAAAUCCGCAAAAGAAGAUGUCGAAAUCAGAUCCGGUGGCCACUUCAUGUGUUUAUGUGACAGAUUCACCCGAGGACAUUCAAUUUAAAAUCAGAAAGGCAACCACCGACUCCAUACAAGGGUCAAUCUAUUAUGAUCCAAUUGAACGUCCUGGUGUUUCGAAUUUGAUAAAUAUUGUUUCAGGUAUUUCCAAUAAACCUGUAGAUGAAGUGGUUAAAGAUAUGUCUAGUUUUGUUAACCAUAAACAAUUAAAAGAUUAUGUUACUGAAGUUAUUAUUAGUGAAUUUGAUGAUAAAAGACAAUUGUAUGAAGAAUUAAUGAAAGAUAAGGUUUAUUUAGAUAGUAUUUGUUCUCAAGGAAGAGACAAGGCCCGAGAAUUAGCCCUGGUUAAUUUACAUCAAGUGAAAAGCAUUAUAGGUAUGGAUUAG